UGUGCGUGUGCGUGCGCGGCUGGGGGUGGUCUCGGCGGGUGUUGCCCCGCGCCCGCGCCCCGUCGGCAGGGGGCGCCCGCGGGAACGCGCGCCACGUGGACCGGAAACGCGCCCGGGGCGUCGCGGCGAGGCCUGCGAGCCGGGUGGGCGCGCGUUGCGGGCGUCCCCCGACCCCCGCAGCAUGCAGCCUUGGCCCCCGCGGUCGCGAAGCCCCAGGGACCCGCCAGCGCUCGAGGAAGCGGCCCCGUUGGCCGGCGCCGGAGUGCAUGAAGCCUGGAGUGCUGGAGAGGCGGCCGGGGAGGAGCCAGCGGGAGCCCCGCGGGCCAGCCCACAGACCCGGGCCCGAAUCCCUUGGUGGACUCCGAGAGAGCUGCGGCCCCCAGACCCGGCCGCUGAACUGACUUGGGGAACCCCGGAAGCCCCAGUUCCCGUUGCCCCGCAGAGGGCCUGGGAGGUCAGGCCGGCCAGGAUGACGCUGCUCGCUCCCUGGGACCCCAACUACGAGGUGAUGUGGGGCCCUGGAUGCUCGUCUGGCGCCUCCUUCUCCAGCCGCACCCUGUACCACCCCUCCUUCUGGCCCCUGUACCAGGCUGCGGCCAGCCGGGCCCAGCAGGAGCCCCUGAGUGAGGCCAGCGCCCCCGGGGGCGUCCCGGUGCUCUGCUGCGAAGAUGUCUUCCUGUCGGAUCCGCUGCUGCCCCGGGGGCAGCGCGUUCCCCUGUACCUGUCGGAGCCCCCCGGGCAGGUCAAGGGCUCCCUGAAGCUGCUGCUGCCGCCCCCCAUCAUGGCCCCCUGGGUCCUGCCCAGCCGCCCGCGGGGCUGCCCGGGGGCCUGGCUCAGCGGGGCUGAGCUCAUUGCCCUCACCGGCCUCCUGCAGAUGAGCCAGGGGCCGCCCAGACCCGGCCCGUCAGGGGCCACAGAGGACGCCCCAGACCCCGCAGAGGACACCUCCAGGCCCAAUGGCGGCCAGAGCUGCGCUCGGGGCGCUGCCCCCUCCCUGCCCCCUGAUCCCUAGCCCCUGCCCUUGGCAAAUUUGGUUUCUGUGGACAAUAAAACUUAGUGUUGGUUUGCAAACUGGC